AUGAGCCCAUUCAUGACAGACCGCAGUGAGGUCUCUCGGGACGUACAGGAUGACAGUGUCCGAUCAGCUUUCCCUAACAUUGAUGCUGACCCGUAUACCCUCCCAUCGUCGCUUGAUCCCUUCACGAUCACAACGUCUACUGGCUUCAUGCCAUUGCGAACGCCUAUGGUAGACUCUCCACCGCUCUUCGAACCGUUGAUGAAGCUGGUCAGUGAUCUUCCCGUCGUAAAGCUUGACGGCUCGCCGGGCCUCCUGGCCAAGUACCAGGUCGGUCCUUCCAUUGUUGAACAUCAUGCCUUGCCCGACUUGAGCGAGGCCAUCGACCACCUGACCACUGCAGACGGCAAGCCGGAUCUCACCGCCAUCACUGCUGUCUUCCGCGAGUACGCCUUCAUCGCAUCGGCGUACCUGCUCGAGCCCUGCUGGGAGAGACAGUGCAAGGGCCUCGAAGGCUACGGUCUCGGUCGGCAAGUGUUGCCGAAAUGUAUUGCUGGACCAUUGGUAAAGACUGCGAAGAUGCUCGACAUCCACCCGUUCAUGUCUUACGCUGCCGCCUACUGUCACUACAACUACAGCUUCGCAGAUCCGGCCAUUGGCCUCAAUGAGUACAGCAAUUUGCGUCUCAUCCGAGCGUUCGAGACAGGAUUGAAUCCUACCUCAUCUGAAGCGGGCUUCGUGUUGACCCACGUUGACAUGGUCAAACAUAGUCCGGGUCUCAUUCGAGGAACAACCGACAUUCUCGACGCCAUUGAAUCAGGCAAAGGUCGAUCGGACGUCACUCAUGGCCUCGAGAUCAUGUUAGAGACCAUGCGUCGUAUCGAAGCAUCGAUGGAGACGAUGUGGGCCAAUUCCAAACCAAAAGACUACACCACCUACCGCACCUUCAUCUUCGGUAUCUUAAAACAGUCCAUGUUCUCGAAUGGCGUCAUUUACGAAGGCGAGAAUGACAACGAGCCACUCUACUUUCGAGGUGAAAGCGGCGCCAACGACUCGAUCAUCCCCUUGAUCGACAACUUGCUGGAGAUACCGAUGCCCGAAAACCCGCUCACGGACACGCUCAAGGACUUCCGAAGCUAUCGCCCGAAGCCACAUCGUGAGUUCCUGGCCUUUGUCAGGCGUCGAGCCGGCGAACUUGGCGUGCGAGAGUACUGCUGUGGUGACGUGGAGACGACGGUGCUGUAUUUCCGACUACUAGAUCACGUGCGCAGCUUCAGAUGGAGGCACUGGUUGUUCGCACGGGAGUACAUUAUUCGCAGGAGCAGUCAUCCGACGGCGACGGGAGGGAGCCCGAUCGUUACUUGGUUGCCUAAUCAACUGUUCGCUGUCAUGGACCUCAUGUCCGCUGUCUGGAACGAGAUCGACCCUGAGGACAAGGAAGAGGUUCCUGCUUUCGUGUUCGAGAUGAUGGACAACGUCGAGGAUCAACGGGUGAAGCUUCGGAGAGAGGUUGAUCGCUGGUGCAGCGAAAGAGGAGUUUCAGUCAAUUGA